CAUUUAUUUUUUUAUUUGUGUCAUCAGGCCUCACUUGAGUGCUCAAGCUUAUUCUAUCAUGGGUGCAAUAAGCAUAUAUGCUUUUAGAACCAAGCAAACGUUCUACUUUACAGAUUUCACAAUAACUUUCCAUUUAAAAUAAUGUCUAUGGCAAGAGUAGCCAUAGAGUCAACAUUAGGGGAUACCAAAUGUCCCGUACGAAAAAAAUAAUGAACAGUUUUAUAUGUUUCAUAUAUGUUUCAUGUUUAUAAUAGUGUCUAAUAGUAUCCUAUUGCAUAGUCCUGUUCUUCCUCUUUUGGCAUUGUUCUCUCUCACGACAUUCCAUUACUAUUUGUUAUAUAAAAUAAGUCCAGACACAGUGGCCAAACUUUAGAAAAAUGUAUUUUUUAAUUUAACAAUUUGGACGUAUGUUUGUUCGGCUUUCUUGCCCUUUUGGGUUGUGUGGCCAGAUUAUCAUACACUGUAAAAAAUAAAAGCUUGUGACAAUGUGAAAUUCAAUGGCAACCUUCUGCAUUCAAAAUUUCAUGUUUUCCCAACAAAGAUUUUUGCGUUUUUGCAACUACAAAAAUGCUGUUGUCUUUACGAACAAUUGUUCGUUCUGCCAGUGGGCACAACUUAAAAUUCAUCAUUCUGCCAACGAGUCUUUAUCUCUGGAUUUUCAAAUCAGAAAUUAGUGAGAUGAUUUUCCAUCCUGAAAAUGCACAUUGUUCAGAGGCUCACAUGUUUCAAAAGAUUACACUUGAUGAGUUGAUAUAUCCAAUAGGACAAUCAGAGGUCCCACAGCCACAGACUUUGGUGCAGAGAUAUAUUCAACUUUUGAAGCAAUUUCUAGAAAGUGCUGAGAAGCAUUACAUGCUUGGGUACGGAGUCCAUUACUAUGUCUUCACUGAUCAAAUGGACAAGGUUCCUCAGGUGGCCCUGGCGUCUGGACGGUCCCUCACGGUGCUUCCUGUCCCGAGCUUUAGCCGCUGGCAGGAGAUCUCUUUGAGGAGGAUGGAGUUCAUUCGCAAGGCCAUCGAGGACCACAUCCGCCACGAGGCCCACUUCAUCUUCUGCACCGAUGUGGACAUGGUGUUUGAAAGCCGCUUUGGCGCGGAGGCGUUUGGUGAACUGGUGGCAACCAUACACAACGGGUGGUACCUCACUGGGCGUAAUGAGCUCCCGUACGAGCGCAGGACGGCAUCUCAGGCAUAUGUUCCAAAAGGACAAGGUGAUUUCUACUACGGUGGAGCUCUUUAUGGAGGCCAUGUAGACGUGGUGCACAGACUGACCAGCACAUGCGAGGAGCAACUGAGCAUAGACAAGCAGAAGUCCAUUGAAGCCGCGUGGCAGGAAGAGAGCCAUCUUAACCGCUACUUUAUACUGCACAAACCCACUAAGCUGCUCUCUCCCGAGUACCUAUGGGACAAAGCUAAGGGGCCAGAGAAGUGGCUCAGAGUAGUUCGAUUUGCCACAGUGCUUAAGAAUUAUAAAACAUUGCGUCCCAAUGUGUGAUUCUGAUGAAAGGCUGUUGAAAUUGUUGCUCAACAGGUCGAAUUACCCUCCCAAGCAAGGUGAUUAUUGGCUAUAAUUGUACAGUAUAUAUCUUUCUAGAACCAGGUCCAGGACAUAAACACUGGAUCACUUUGUGGACUGUACCUUCAAACUUCAUUCAAACUUCAAACAAAAAUAUACAAAUGACCACUGCUGGAAAUUACUAGAAAAGUGAAUCUAGGCCCACUUUUAGAAUCUCAUAACUGAAUCUCUGACCAUACAUCCAUGCCUCUGUUGUGCUCUGUGCUGUUUCUCUCAAAUUAAUGAAUAUCCCAUUCUUUUUAUUCCAUAAAACAGGAUUCUGAAAUGUUUUUUUCUGGGUUUUGGUUUUGGACUGUAAGCUAAAUAUUUUCCGUGUUUCUAUAUGUUUUGGAAGAUGUAUGAAUGAUAUGAUGAAUGAUACAGAUGAUUCCUCAAUAAAAAAUACUUGAAAUAAAUAUGUUCCGUGUUUCUAAACAUAAUUUAAAGAGGACAUAGAAUGGAUGAAUCGAGUAUUGUACUGUGCUCUCAGUAUAUACAUUUUUUGUCGACCCAGGGGCCAAAUCUGAGCUGCCUAAGAUUCUAAAUCAGAUCCCCUUUGUGAGUUUCUCUUCCUUUUAUCAUAAAAUGAUCAACUGACGAAAUGAAGAUACGCACUUAACUGCUUAACUGCAGAGAAACAAACGAAGAGUUUGAUUCCAAAACGCUAUAUAUCCAUUUUUAAAAACAUCAAAAAGUCAUGUUAUUUAAUUGUGUUUUUCAGCUAAUAUCAAUAAAAAUGCAGUGUUUUUGUUUUGAUUGAGUAAAGAUAAAUCAACUAAACAUAAACCAAUACAGUUCCACUGUAAUUACUUGCAAAACAAAAUAAAAAAAAAAUAUUUAUGAAAAUUCAUUAAAAUGGUGGAUAUAGCGUUUUGGAACCAAACUCUUAUUUUAACAUUCUGUUUGAGGUAAGCUUUUUGGCAGAAUAGGCCUAGUAGGACAUUUUUAA